AUGGAAUCUUGGACGCAUCUGAUUCGUUUUGUAGCGGUCGAAGAUGGUAAAAUCCAUCUGGGCCAACUCGUCGACUCGAAUCGCGAUGUCGGCGAGGACUCCCGAAAUGGAUAUCCAAUCCAUGCACGUCUCAUCGAAGGUUCUAUCUACGACGAAAAAGACACGCAGUCACUCAAAGUUUGCUUCCAGCUGUUGUCGCCGAUUGAUCCAAAAUCAUGUCCUUUCAUUCGUUGUAUUGGACUCAACUAUAAACUUCAUGCAAAGGAAGCGAAUUUUCCAAUUCCUACGGUUCCCGCGCUUUUCUCAAAGCCACGAACGGCGAUUUCUAAUCCAUAUCCCGAAACAAUCAAUAUACCAAAGUGUGCCCAGGAUGGUACGAGUGAUUAUGAGGCCGAACUGGUCAUUGUGAUUGGAAAAUCUGCUCGAGAUAUCACCGCCGAGCAAGCACCCAAUUUUAUUCUAGGGUACACGGCAGCCAAUGAUGUUUCAGCGCGAGCCAUACAAAUGAAAAGCGCAAUGCCUUGCUUUUCAAAGGGAAUGGAUUCAAGCUGUCCUCUUGGGCCUUGCCUGGUAUCCCCUACUGCUAUCCACGACCCUCAGGAUCUGUCAAUCGGCGCAACCUACAACGGUGUGACAGUUCAAAAUGGAAAUACCAGUGACAUGGUUUUUGGAGUAUAUCAAUUGGUAGCCUAUUUGUCUCAAGGGACUACUCUCGAACCCGGAUCAAUCAUUCUGACCGGAACUCCGCAGGGAAUCGGAUAUUUCCGAUCUCCUAGAAUAUUUCUAGACGAUGGAGAUGAUAUUCGGGUUCAUAUUGGAAAGAUCGGCACUCUAAUAAAUAGAGUACACUAUGAGUAG